GGGCACAGGUGGGUGGCACUGGUGGGCACAGGUGGGUGGCACAGGUCGGUGGGCACAGGUGGGUGGCACUGCUGGGCACAGGUGGGUGCACUGCUGGGCACAGAUGGGUGCACUGCUGGGCACAGGUGGGCGGAGCUAGUGGACGCACUGCUGGGCACAGGUGGGCGGAACUUGUGGGUGGCACUGCUGGGCACCGAUCAUCAGGGCACUGAUCAUCAGUGGCCCUGAUGAUCGGUGCCGAUCCUCGCUCUGACAUCUGCCGGUUCUCGGCAGUACUUUCCUCACGAUCUGAUAGCGUGAGGAAAGUGCAGCCGAGAACCGGCACUUGCAU